CAUCAAACAACACUGAAUUUAUUGCAGUAGUUAAUUAGAACACUGAAUAUAUUAGCUGUGCUAAGUGUAGCUAGCUCAGUGGGCAAAGCAAGCAAUAUUUCAAUGGCUUCCAGCUCGAACUUGCUCGCGAUGGCCAUUGCCGUGGCUGCCGUGCUCCUAGCGGGCAACGGCAACACCGGCCACGCAGCGCGGCACCUCGCCGACACGACCGAGGCGCCGGCUGCCGCCAUUCCUGCUGUUCCGGCCAUGCCGAAACCGACGAUCCCCACCAUCGUCCCGGCGGUCACGUUACCGCCGAUCCCGGCCGUGCCAAAGGUGACAUUGCCGCCGAUGCCCGCCAUCCCGACCGUGCCGGCGGUGACCAUGCCACCGAUGCCCGCCGUGCCGGCCGUGCCGGCGGUGACUCUGCCGCCGAUGCCCGCGGUGCCCACCGUGCCGCCGAACACUGUCGUCGUUCCCGCCGCCGUCGUGCCGGCGUUGCCAAAGGUGGCGCUGCCGCCGAUGGCCGCCGUCCCCAACGUUCCAAUGCCAUUCCUCGCGCCACCACCCAAGGCCUAAACGUAGCUCGUUUCGCCAUGUGUGCACGAUGAGUGUCAGUGUGUGUUUAAUGCUAUUUUGUUGAUUGUACGUUUUUGCAUGGCGUACAGAUAUUUUGUCAUUCUUUCAUGUAUGUACUGUAUACUAUAUAUGUGGGCUUGUACUUGAUUGAAUUUUAUGGAAUCGGUUGUCGAGGUUUCUUGACAAUAA